UUCGUAAACAGUUGUUCGAGUGGUCAACACACAUAACACCUUAGCCUCCCCAAAAAUCCAGGUUUCCGUUUUGGUUUCCUUUCAAAAUUCCAGUUAAAUUCAGUUAGAAUGGGGGUGUUGCAGACAGUGCAACGAACGCUGUUGAUGCAGCACAGCUUGGGAUCGCUGACGAUCAAGCGCACAUACGACACGGUGAAGAAGAUGAAUCUGCGUCGCAGGCGUUUGGAGCAUCUGAAAGAACUCAAGAGGCUAGACGAAAUGUGCUACAAGGCGGCCAGUCGCAACGAUAAGAAGUGCCACCCGCCGGUGCUACCGCUACCCAAGAUGGAGUGCAUAGACGACCCAUGUGCGGAAUCAGAGAUGCCAUUGGAUCUGGACCACUAUACUCCGAGCGACAAGGCCGCGCGCAAAUAUCAACGCACCUGGUGCGAGUGCUAUAUGAUACCCAAGGCGGCUGUCAAGGCCAGGAAAUGCUAUCCGAAUAGACCGCGGCGUAAGUUCGAGUGUCCGAGGGUCUCUGAUGUCGAGUGCCGCUGGGAUCCCAUGCCCUGUGAUGACGUGAAGAAAAAGCCCGAGAUACUGAUUGAAGUGCCGCGUAUCGGGAAGUGGCCAUGCUGCAAGAUCCCCACGCCAGGUUGCCGCGAUGGCCGGAUACCGCCCUCCUGCGACGCUGGUCGAAUUCCCACUUGCUGCAAGAAGCGUCGCACCAAGUAUCCCAGCUUCUCGGAGUGCAAAAAGGAACUGCUCGACCCCAUCCCACCAUGCGAGUGCGAGAAGAAGGUUAACAUGUGCGACGUGUAUGCAUAUUUCCGCCAUAAGACACACUAACUUCGGUCCCUGAAAGAGCUUGGAAAUCAAGGCGGUAUAAGAAGCCCACCUGGAUGAUGAAGAAGUCACAAAAUUGGCUAGCGUGUAUUGCUGUUCAUUGUUUAUGGGUUCAUUUACAAAAGUUUGACCCUUUAGCCCUUGCCGCCUUUUACCAAUCCUGAUUACCCAUUUUAAAAGGUGACAAAUUCAAAAAUUUCCAUUUCAAAUAUAGCUUGAAUCCAGUCUUAAAUUACUUUUGGAUGUUGUUGCUACCGACAUUAAAUUGAUUUCACAAAUUACCAAU